AUGAAGCUGCUUACGUCACAUGAAGCAAAAGAUGCAAAUGCAAGAAGUGCGACAAUGAAUUUCAUUUCCGAAAUUGAUUCAAUCGUUAAAGUGGAUUUGAAACAUUUUAAUCUGCAAAGCAAAGCCGAACUAAAAACGUCCAAAAAAGCUCAUUUUUCUGAUUUAGACAGCAAUCAGUCAAAACCAAUUGCUUUUGAUUUAUUGUUAAAUAAUUUUAUGCCAAAGAUACUUCUGUCCUUUUUUAUAUUUUACCCAAAUCAAUCAACGAAUCAAAGAUAG